AUGAGAACUUCUACUAUCUUAGUUUCAACCGCCAUUAUCGCUUCCGCCGUUGCUGCCCCAGGUGAAAACGUCAACAAUAAACAAAACAAAGAUCUUCUUGGAGAUAUUACUUCUGCUGCUGGUAAUGUCGCCUCUAAUGUUGUCAAUGCUGCCACAAAAUUUGCUACUGAAGUCACCCUGGUUGGUGGAGGUGUUUUCAAAACUGUCACUUCUGCUGUUGUCAGUGAAGCUACUAAAGUUGCUACUGAUGUUGUCAGUGAAGCCACUAAAGCUGCUUCUAAAAUCACUUCAGUUGGUGAAGGUGUUGCCGAUACUGUUACCUCUGGUGCUGUUGGUGCUUUUAAAACCGCUACUUCUGGUGCCGUUUCUAUUGAAUCUAAAAUAACCGCUGCUGGUGCUUCAGUUGCUUCUAAAGUUGAAAGUGAUGCUAAAUCUGUUGCCAGUGAUGCUAAGAGUCGAGUCAGUUCUGCUAAAUCAGAUGCUACUGAUUCUAGUGCUACAACUACUGGUUCUGCUGACUCUAUUUCUGCCACUUCUGGAAAUGAUCCACAAACUUUGGGAAUCUCAUCAUCUGUCAGUCAAACCACUACUAAAUCUUUAAGUACUUCUACUACUGGUACUGCUACUGGUGGUAACUCAACAUCUGCUGAUAACUUUGGUAACACUUUAGCUGCUGCUAAUGUUCUUGCCCUUGCUGCUUUAGCUUUGAUUUAG